AUGGGCGCCGGGGGACGCAGGAUGCGGGCGGCGCCCGCGCGCCUGCUGCUGCCGCUGCUGCCAUGGCUGCUGCUCCUGGCGCCCGAGGCUCGGGGCGCGCCCGGCUGCCCGGUCCCCAUCCGCGGCUGCAAGUGCUCCGGGGAGCGGCCCAAGGGACCGAGCGGCGGCGUCUCCAGCCCCGCGCGCAGGAGGGUGGUGUGCGGAGGCGGGGACCUCCCGGAGCCUCCCGAGCCCGGCCUGCUGCCCAACGGCACCGUCACCCUGCUCUUGAGCAACAACAAGAUCACCGGGCUCCGCAACGGAUCCUUCUUGGGACUGUCCCUGCUGGAGAAGUUGGACCUGAGGAGCAACGUGAUCAGCACGGUGCAGCCUGGUGCCUUCCUGGGCCUGGGGGAGCUGAAGCGCUUAGAUCUCUCCAACAACCGGAUUGGCUGUCUCACCUCUGAGACCUUCCGAGGCCUCCCCAGGCUUCUCCGACUAAACAUAUCUGGAAACAUCUUCUCCAGUCUGCAACCUGGAGUCUUUGAUGAGCUGCCGGCACUUAAGGUUGUGGACUUUGGCACCGAGUUCCUGACCUGCGACUGCCACCUGCGCUGGCUGCUGCCCUGGGCCCGGAAUCACUCCCUGCAGCUGUCAGAGCACACCCUCUGUGCCUACCCCGGUGCCCUCCAUGCCCAGGCCCUGGGUGGCCUCCAGGAGGCCCAGCUGCGCUGCGAGGGGGCCCUGGAGCUGCACACACAUCACCUCAUCCCAUCCCUACGCCAAGUAGUGUUCCAGGGUGACCGGCUGCCCUUCCAGUGCUCCGCCAGCUACCUGGGUGAUGACACCCACAUCCACUGGUACCACAACCGGGCCCCCGUGGAGGGCGAUGAGCAGGCGGGCAUCCUCCUGGCCAAGAGCCUCAUCCACGACUGCAGCUUCAUCACCAGCGAGCUGACCCUGUCUCACAUCGGCGUGUGGGCCUCGGGCGAGUGGGAGUGCUCUGUGUCCACGGUCCAGGGCAAUGCCAGCAAGAAGGUGGAGAUCGUGGUGCUGGAGACCUCUGCCUCCUACUGCCCCGCAGAGCGUGUUGCCAACAACCGCGGGGACUUCAGGUGGCCUCGAACUCUGGCUGGCAUCACAGCCUACCAGUCCUGCCUACAGUAUCCCUUCACCUCUGUGCCCCUGAGCGGGGGUGCCCCAGGCACCCGAGCCUCCCGCCGGUGUGACCGAGCUGGACGCUGGGAGCCAGGGGACUAUUCCCACUGUCUGUACACCAACGACAUCACCCGGGUGCUGUACACCUUCGUGCUGAUGCCCAUCAACGCCUCCAACGCACUGACCCUGGCCCAUCAGCUGCGAGUGUACACGGCCGAGGCUGCCAGCUUUUCAGACAUGAUGGACGUAGUCUAUGUGGCUCAGAUGAUCCAGAAGUUUUUGGGUUAUGUCGACCAGAUCAAAGAGCUGGUGGAGGUGAUGGUGGACAUGGCCAGCAACCUGAUGCUGGUGGACGAGCACCUGCUGUGGCUGGCCCAGCGUGAGGACAAGGCCUGCAGCGGCAUCGUGGGCGCCCUGGAGCGCAUCGGGGGCGCCGCUCUCAGCCCCCAUGCCCAGCACAUCUCUGUGAACUCGAGGAACGUGGCGUUGGAAGCCUACCUCAUCAAGCCCCACAGCUACGUGGGCCUGACCUGCACAGCCUUCCAGAGGAGGGAGGUGGGGGCACCAGGCACACGGCCAGGCAGCCCCGGCCACAGCCCCCCGGCCGAGCCCGAGCCCGAGCCCGAGCCCCUGGCCGACCAGCAGCUCCGCUUCCGCUGCACCACCGGGAGGCCCAAUGUGUCUCUGUCGUCCUUCCACAUCAAGAACAGCGUGGCCCUGGCCUCCAUCCAGCUGCCCCCCAGCCUGUUCUCAUCCCCUCCGGCUGCCCUGGCUGCCCCGGUCCCCCCAGACUGCACCCUGCAGCUGCUCGUCUUCCGGAACGGCCGCCUGUUCCGCAGCCACGGCAACACCUCCCGCCCUGGAGCUGCUGGGCCCGGCAAGAGGCGCGGCGUGGCCAGCCCUGUCAUCUUCGCGGGAACCAGUGGCUGUGGUGUGGGAAACCUGACAGAGCCGGUGGCUGUCUCGCUGCGGCACUGGGCUGAGGGGGCCGAGCCUGUGGCAGCUUGGUGGAGCCAGGAGGGGUCUGGGGGCUGGAGCUCCGAGGGCUGCCAGCUCCGCUCCAGCCAGCCCAACGUCAGCUCCCUGCACUGCCAACACUUGGGCAAUGUGGCCGUCCUCAUGGAGCUGAGUGCCUUCCCCAGGGAGGUGGGGGGCGCAGGGGCGGGGCUGCACCCUGUCGUGUACCCCUGCACAGCGCUGCUCCUGCUCUGCCUCUUCACCACCAUCAUCACUUACAUCCUCAACCACAGCUCCAUCCACGUGUCCCGGAAGGGCUGGCACAUGCUGCUGAACCUAUGCUUCCACAUGGCCAUGACCUCCGCCGUCUUUGCAGGGGGCAUCACGCUCACCAACUAUCAGAUGGUCUGCCAGGCGGUGGGCAUCACCCUGCACUACUCUUCACUGUCCACACUGCUCUGGAUGGGUGUGAAGGCCCGAGUCCUCCACAAGGAGCUCACCUGGAAGGCGCCCCCUCCACAAGAAGGGGACCCUGUCCCACCUGCCCCCCGUCCCAUGCUCCGAUUCUAUCUGAUCUCUGGAGGGAUCCCACUCAUUAUCUGUGGCAUCACGGCUGCCGUCAACAUCCACAACUACCAGGACCACAGCCCCUACUGCUGGCUGGUGUGGCGUCCAAGCCUAGGAGCCUUCUACAUCCCAGUGGCUUUGAUUCUGCUGAUCACCUGGAUCUAUUUCCUGUGUGCAGGGCUGCACUUACGCGGCCCUCUGGCACGGAGCUCCAAAGCGGGCAUCAGCAGGGUCUCCCUGGAGCCAGGGGAGGAGCCGAGGGGUUCCUCCAGGCUCAGGAGCGGCGGCCCCCUCCUGAGUGACUCAGGUUCCCUUCUGGCUACAGGGAGCUCAGGUGCGGUGCCGCCCGGGCCCCCGGAGGACGGUGACAGUCUCUAUUCUCCGGGAGUCCAGCUGGGGGCGCUGGUGACCACGCAUUUCCUGUACCUGGCCGUGUGGGCCUGCGGGGCUCUGGCCGUGUCCCAGCGCUGGCUGCCCCGGGUGGUGUGCAGCUGCCUGUACGGGGUGGCGGCCUCGGCCCUGGGCCUGUUCGUCUUCACCCACCACUGUGCCCGGCGCAGGGACGUUCGGGCCGCCUGGCGCGCCUGCUGCCCCCCGGCCUCGGCCCCCCACGCCGCAGCCCGGGCCCUGCCCGCCGCCCCGGAGGACGGCUCCACAGAGUUGGCGGACGGGUCCCCCUCCCUCAAGUCGUCCCCUGGCGGCGGCGGCGGCGGCCACGCGCUGCCCCCGGGCCCCUGCAAGCUCACCAACCUGCAGCUGGCGCAGAGUCAGGCGUGCGAGGCGGCGGCGGCGGCCCGCGGGGAAGGGGAGCCCGAGGCCUCGGGCUCCCGGGGCAGCCUCGCCCCGCGCCACCCCAACAACGUGCACCACGGGCGCCGGGCGCACAAGAGCCGGGCCAAGGCGCACCGCGCGGGGGACGCCGGCGGCAAGAGCCGGCUCCGGGCCCUGCGCGGGGGCGCGGCGGCGGCCGGGGCGCCCGAGCCGGGCUCCAGCGAGAGCGGCAGCCUGCGCAACAGCCCGUCCGACAGCCACCCGGGCAGCAGCCGCGACAGCCCGGGCGCCGGCCCGCAGCCGGAGGGCGCGCCCGUGCCCACGCCGUCCGAGGGCAGCGACACCAGCGCGGCGCCGCUCCCCGAGGCGGGGCGGCCGGGCCAGCGCCGCGGCGCGCUGGACAAGGACAGCAAGCGCCGCUCGUACCCGCUGCACAGCGCCAGCCUCAACGGCGGCCCCAAGGGCGGCAGGUGCGACGACGCCAGCGCCGAAGCGGCCGGGGGCGGCUGCAUGAGGACCGGCCUCUGGAAGAGCGAGACCACCGUCUAG